AUGGCCAACUCCAACUCCCGCUCCCGCUCUCGCAGCUUAACGAGCUCCACGACCGACGCCCACAACGAUCGCCUGGAACCGCGCCUCCUCAAGGCCUGCGCCUCCGAUUCUCUUAAAGAAGUGCGCGAUGUUGUUGUGACGGCGCGUGAGGCCGGGCAGCUGACGGAUGGGUUUUUGCGGCUGGGACUUCUGCGCGCUUGCGAGAGGGGCGGGAUUGAGUGCGUACGGUACCUACUUGAGGUGGGUGCUUUGCCGGACUACAGCUACAACACGAUUACCAAUGCAAAUGCAAAUGCUGAUGUGCAAGGGAACGGGAAUAAAGAUGGAGGAGGAGGAGGAGGUAACGGAGGGAGGGUAACAUCCUCGCCACUCCUCAAAGCCGUUGAGCGAAACCAUGUCCGUGUUGUCCAGAUUUUACUGGACUACGGGGCUUCGCCGGAUAGCACAGAUCGUAAGGGCCGCACGGCGCUCAUGACGGCUGCAUGGCGGAACCAUUUCCACAUCCUGCAGGUUCUCAUUGCGCGGGGUGCGGCCGUCAAUGCAACGGAUAACAGGGGGCGCAAUGUGCUGCAUAACCUUGCGGCGGACAAGAUGUGCGAUUGGGGUGAGGAUGUGGUGAGCUUACUGCUGGGUACGGUUUGCGCGGUUGAUGCCGUUGAUGAGCUUGGGCGGACGCCGCUGCAUUGGGCUUGUGCGACGGGAAAGGAGAGACUUGCCGAGAUGCUGCUCGUGAGGCCGUUACAUGUGAGUGGUAGUGGGAGGGCCACGGGCGGGCGGGUGAGUGGACCGGUGAUGACGGGCGCGGAUGUGAACGCUGUUGAAGGGCGGAAUAAAACGGCGCUGCAUUUGGCUGUUGCGCAUGGGCAUGAACGUAUUGUGGCGUUGUUAUUGAGGCAUGGCGCGGAUAUUAAUGCGAGGAGUGAUGGUGGGUGGACACCGUUGCAUAAUGCAUGCGAUAGAGGCAGUGAAAGUAUCGCGAGGAGACUGUUAGCUGCCGGAGCAAAGAUCAAUGCACAGCUGCUGAAUGGGAUUUCGCCCCUGCAUCUGGCGGCGCAGGGUGGGCAUCGUGAGGUGGUUGAGUGUUUGCUCGAGCGGAGUGAUUUGAAACAGCGAUUGAGGGAUAACUUCGGAAGCACGGCCUUUCUGCGCGCGGCGCAGUUCAAGCGGAAGGAUAUCGUUGCGCUGUUGGCGCCGUACAACAAUGUCGAGGCGCUCAGUGAGGAUGCGCGCGGUGCUUGCGAAGGCUUUGAAGCGACGGUCGUGGAUUUCGGGAAUUUUCACAAUGAGAACCGUGUCAAGCGGACAUCUGUGUUCAACCUGCUGUAUGGGCGGGAUCCUGAGAACCCCCGGAAACAAGCGUUCAACGCGAUGCCGUUGAAUAGCAAGGCAACGGAGUUCCGAUGGAUUCAUCUGCCCGCAAAUAAUAUGGCUUGGGUGGAGGCGUUGCUAACAAAGGCAUUCAUCGAGGAGGGGGCGCAUGAUGUUGAUAGCUUCAAGGGGCUGGAGAGGUCGUUCAAUUACCAGCACCGCGGGCAGAAGAUGCAUUCGAAUUUCAUGAGGCCGUUGUGUCAGAGCACGCAUAGGGCACCGAAGGUUCAUGAUGAUGUUCAUCGUGAACCUGCGGAGGAGAGGGCGGAAGUACAGUCACCAAAAAUAUUAAUCAAUGGGCUCUCUCGAGAGCUGCUAUCCUCACCAGUGCCACCGUCUCCGAAGCUAGACGGGAACAAAAAGAAGCAGAAGAUCGGCGCAAAGAUGGAGCGGGUGGAUUCGCAGGAUGAUACUCAGAGCGCGUCGGGAAAGAAAGGAAAGAAAGGGUCAGCAGGAACCCCCAAAGGGCCUAAGUCGCCCCCUAUCAGACGAGAAAAGUCCCCACAUCCCACUCUUUGCAAGGAAAAGCCGCCACCGCUGGAAAGCAACAUCUGUUACUUCAUGCCGUACUUGCAUUUUGAGACAGCAGAGCGACGAGAGAGGAUGCAGGAGGCGAUUCGCAACGCUCAACAGGCCCCGACGCCCCAACCGGGGCUUGAUCGGACACCAACACGCGAUGAAUUGCUCCUGCGCGCUCACCUCACAGGGUCGUCGACUUCGCUCCACAUCCGGCGUACACUGGACCAGUUUUUCUAUCCCAAUAUCGAUACGCAGUCACGCGAUCAGGACCAGGUAGUGUAUAGGUAUCAGAAGAAGAGAUCUCGUGUGCCGGAGCCCAAGAUCUUCAUGGUUGACCAGCUGUGGAUGUGGAUACUCGGACCAAGCUUGAUUGUGACCAGCUUUCCACAGCGAUGGGACCAGCCAAAAAAUGAUCCGUUGAACGUGUUGGAUGGGAUCAUCGAGGACAUCAACUCCAAAACACGCGAGCCCGUACGCUCAGUCUAUGACCUUGCCCUUAUCAUUACCAACCGCUGCUCAGGAGUGUUUGAUCGACACCGCAUGGGUGACGACGAGUACCAGUUUCUCGACAUGUUCGAGUCGUCUAUCGGCAUUGCAACGGACCGUGAAAGUUUCCUGUUUAAUCAGUUCAACCGGGCGUCAGCGCAGGCAUCAGAUUGGCUCAAGACUCAUCGAAAACCCAGUCGAAUUGCACGUCGAAAGGAGAAAGACGUAGCCAAGGAUUUGAAUAAAGAAGAGCGGAAGAAACAAGACAGCGACGAGGUCGACGACGAGCCGUUGUUCGUCGACAAUCUGCUGGACAUCGGCCAGGAGACGGACCUGCUCGCUGAAGCGAAGGAUAUCCGUGACGAGCUGAACAUGAUCCGCAUGGUCCUGCACUACCAGAAAAACGUCCUUGACGACUUCCAUGAAGUUGUGGGAGAGAUCUAUCUCAGCCAGGGCCAAAGCCAGAGAGAUAUCAAGAAGCGGUUUGGAGAGCAGCAGCGCACGAUCGAUAUACACCUGAAGGACAUUGACCGCAUGGACAAGCAAGCGGAGCGCAUCUACUCGUCCAUCACAGACCUUCUCGACCUGAAGCAGAAACAUGCCAACGCGUUCGAGGCGCGCUUUGCUCGCGACCAGGCAGCUGGCACGGCUCGUCAAGGGAAGAUCCUCAUGGUCUUCACAAUCGUUACGAUUGUCUUUCUCCCACUUUCGUUCAUCACCUCGGUCUUCACCAUCAAUAUGCCCGAGUUUGAGAACAACUUGACCAUGGGAUAUGUGGCCAAGUAUACGUUUGGAAUCGGCUUUGGUAUCUCAAUUCCACUGGUGUUGCUGGCUUUGGUCUUGGAUGAUAUUGGAGAUAUCUUCCAGGAGGGACUCCGUCGAGCGAGAGGAUGGGUUCGGACUGGUAGAUAUGCAAGGAACCAGCUUCUAUUAGAAAGAAUGAAGGCGCAGCGACAGAGUCGAGAGCGAACGCUGUUGCCAACCAGGGAGAGGACAAGGGAGAGGGAGAGAGAAGUGUUGGAGCUGGAGUUUGACAAGACUGUAUAA